AUGCAUUCAUAUGCUCUCCUCCAUCAAACAAAGAAACAUGCAGCAUUUUCUUCAAGACUCGUAUUUGUCAUAAGUUCAGGUUUGGUAAUUGUCCGAAAGGUGAACAUUGUACCUAAUACCUAUGCUCACGGGGUUGGUGAGAUAAGGCAGCCACCGCCGAAUCGGAAGGAGCUAGCUGGCGCUCGCAACGAGGAAUGGAUGCAGUUUCUGGAUGAUGAUCAAAAAAUCAUUCACAAGAUGGGGCUAUGCAAGAAAUACUACAAUGGUAAAGAAUGUCCUUAUGAUGAUAAGUGUAGUUUUCUUCAUAGGCUUAGGGAUGAUUCUUGGAAAUCAAGAGAGGCCUGUGCAUUAAGCAUUGGAAGUAUCGGAGAUGGUUCCAAUUCUAAUAGUUUGGAAGGCAAUAGGUCUGUGAACAAGCCAGCAAGGGGCACUUACUGGAAGAUUAAGGACUGUCACUAUAGUCAUGGAGAAGCAGAGUUACUAGUUCCUGGUGGAGGCGCUGAAGGUGAAGCUAAAGCUGAAGUUUGCAUAGCAACUUCAACAAAAGCUAUCAUACAAACUUUAUCAAAUGCCUUACGAGUUUAUGCCAAUGAUGCCCCUACUGGCAUCCCAGUAAGUCUAGGUGUGGCAAAGGAAGAGGAGCAGGCUAAGAAGAAGCGUUUACUUUGGUUGAAAUUAAACAAGAAGACCAAUACUAUAUAUGCUGAUUGGAUUGAUGAUUCACCUCUUAUUCUACCCAACUAG